AUGACCGUUAGUGACUUUGAUUCUUUUCUUACCGAGUUACCCAAAUGUGAGCACCACGUUCAUUUGGAGGGAACGCUGAGUCCCGAACUGCUCAUCGAUUUAGCUAAACGGAACAAUAUCAAGCUCCCGGAAGAACAUCCUCCAACCAUAGAGGCCCUAUACGAUCGUUAUUCGAAGUUCAGUUGUCUUCAAGAUUUCCUUGAUCAUUAUUAUGUUGGUAUGUCUGUUCUGAUCUAUGAAAAAGAUUUCGAAGAUUUGGCUUACAACUACUUUGUCAAGGCCCACCAAGAUGGUGUUCAUCAUGCCGAAGUUUUCUUUGAUCCUCAGGCCCAUCUAGAACGAGGAAUUAAACUCACUGAUGUGGUCUCUGGUAUCACUAAAGCCCGUACUAGAGCAGAGUCUGAUUUUGGUAUCACCACUAAACUCAUCAUGUGUUUCCUCAGACAUAUCCCCUCGUCUGAUGCUCUAACUACAUUACAUGCUGCUGUUCCUCAUAUCACUACUGGCCACAUUACUGGUAUUGGUCUUGACUCCAGUGAAUUAGGUUUCCCACCACACUUAUUUAAGGAAGCUUAUGCUACUGCUCGUGAGCUUAACUUGGAGCUGAACUAUACCGCACAUGCAGGUGAAGAGGGUGACCAUACAUAUGUCCUAGGAGCUCUAGACGAUUUGAAGGUGGAACGUAUUGAUCACGGUAUCCGAUCUGCUGAUGAUGAUGCAACUCUAAAGAGGCUAGCGGCAAAUAAUACGCUAUUGACUGUCUGCCCUAUGUCUAAUCUUAAACUGAGAGCGGUCAAGUCUAUUGGCGACAUCCCACUUCGCAAGUUCCUGGAGUACGGCGUUCCAUUCAGCAUCAACAGCGAUGACCCAGCUUAUUUUGGCGGAUACAUUUUAGACAACUAUAAAGAAGUGCACAAGCAUUUCAACUUCGACCUUGCAACAUGGAUUAAGAUCGCCGAAAACAACAUCCAUGGCAGUUGGAUCAAUCAAGACCGCAAAGACGUUCUUCUCGCUAGAGUGGCCGAUGUGAGAAAGAAAUACAUCCACCUUGCCUAA